AUGGCGGAGAAGCACUUCAAGUACGUGAUCGUCGGCGGCGGUGUCGCGGCUGUGAGUUCCCCACAUCUCGGUUUCUCCUCCAACUCCGUUGCUUGUGAUUGCUGACGGAUCAGAUCCCCCCGUGCGGUCGGAUUACAGCUUUGGCUCUGGUGAUGAUUAGCCAUCACACUUGUUCCUGUCCCUUGUGGGGCGUACAUUGUUUCUGUUAAGAGAAAUGUGAACGGAUCUCCAUAGAUUGCGGUUUCUCUGCUGUCCUUCUCCUUCGCCGCCCUCUUACUUUUGUCAUCCUUGCUGGCAUUUUUUCGGCGGAGGAUUACUGAGAUAUGUAGCCUCUCUAUAGUCGCACGUCAGACUCUUGCUUUUUACGUUUGAUCGUGCUUGACAGGGAUAUGCCGCAAGGGAAUUCGCUAGACUCGGUGUCAAUCCUGGUGAAUUGGCCAUCAUCUCCAAGGAGGCGGUACGCCGUCAAUUUCUAUUCAGAAGAGUUUCUUUCUCGUUUCAGUUUAUAUAUAUUAUUGAUCGACUUGUUAUUCCUUGAGCGUCACACCACUUUGAAUCAAUUUUGAGGAUAAUUAGGUCUGGUACAGAUAAGGGACUUCUCCUACCUUUCAAUGUAUGCCACGAUGUCACUAAAAUUGAUUUGAAUUUAUUUGACAUAUACACCGGUAGAUACUGAUGAAAACUGUGAACAAUUCCUCGUGCAUCAUAGACAAUUUAUUUGGCAUAUACACCGGCUUUCCCCUUGUUUCACAUUGUUAGACUGCAGUCAUAGAUACUAGCAUGUAUAUACAUCUAGUUCUGUAAACUGAUGUGGUGUUAAUUACAUUCAGGUUGCUCCUUAUGAACGUCCAGCACUCAGCAAGGCCUAUCUGUUUCCCCAAGGUGAGUUGUGAACUUAACUUCAGUGCUUCUGAAAAUUAGUUGCUGGGGCAUAUGCUGAUUUCUUAAGGACGAUAUAGUAAUUUUCAGCCUCACCUAUUUAGCAUCCGAAGGCAUGCUUUUCCUGGAUAGCUUUUGGAGGGGUAGAGAAAUUCUGAGCGUUAAUAUCUCCAUACUCAAUCACAAAUGCGUUGCAUUUGUAAUGGGUACACUUGCUUGCAAGGUGCGACAUGAACAGAUCCAAAGAUUACGCUUCACACUGAUUUUCUUUUGGUCUUUUCAGUCCAAGGUACUCAUGUUUUCUAAGAAAUACCUUGAAUUUAUGUCCAUUGGGAGAUUUCUCUUUGGCACUGCAUUUGUACAUACGUCGGUUUUUUAAAGUAGCAUAAAAUGUCAAACCAUUCUUUAAAUUUUUUUUGCCCACCGGCUUGUCCGAAACGCUCUCUUCAAGACUCAACCAUAGUAUCCUUAGAGGUCUCUAUUCAUAUCAAUACCUCAUUUUGGUAUGCAUUAAUGUCUUGUGGCUUGUCCUCACUGUAAUAUCCACAUCCUGUAGCAUCAUUUUGUAAGUAUUCGUAAUACUUGUGUCGUGAGCCCUAUCCUACCGUCAGUACUUCUUAUCAAAGCUAGUAGGAAGAAGAAUUAUAAUCAUAAUUUUUCGUUAUUCAUGAAAUACGAUAUUCGUAGUAUGCCACAUCACGAGGUUGUCUUUGUGCAUCCUUGAAUUAGGGUAACAUCAUCAACGCUUUUUUUCUGCUUUUCAACCUACAGUACCAUUUAUAACUUGUUGAAUUUUAUGCAUAUGCUUCUCUAUAAUGGGAUUAUCUCAACAAUUUCUCAGGAUCUGCAAGACUCCCAGGAUUUCAUGUCUGUGUUGGGAGCGGUGGUGAGAGACUGCUGCCAGAAUGGUAUACCGAAAAAGGUAUUCAAAUGUGUCUCCCCACAUAGUUCAAAGUCGUGUUCUAUGUGAUAAUUAUGUACCUAUAUGAAAAGGCUUAGUUCCCAGUGUAUUCGUGAAAGUUCUGCUGCCAGAAAUUUUUUUGAAGGACGGCUAUGAUCAUUUACACUCUUUAUUUAGAUAAUACAAGGUGGAAAAAAAUUUAAGACAGAUUGAUGGAGAGGUUUUCCAUAACGUGUCCGUACUGUUGCCUUUCACAAAAUGCGUUAGAACUGAUCCAUGAAACGAGAAGCUCUUACCUCAAUAAGAUUGCUUGUCUGGAGAUGCCAUCAAUACACUAUCUCUUUCUUUGAUCAUUAUUUAGCAUCUUCCUUGCAGUUUUUUUUCUCCUAAGACUUGGGUCAGAAGCUAACUCCUGAUGUAUAGCUUCAAUUGUGAAGUAGCUCACAUUACAUGUCUUUAUGCGAACUUAAUCGUAAAUCUUGCGAUUUCAGGUAUUGAGCUCAUCCUGAGUACCGAAAUUGUAAAGGCAGAUCUUGCUUCCAAGGCUCUGGUCAGUUCUUCUGGGGAAAUCUUCAAGUACGAUACUUUGAUCAUCGCAACAGGCUCAACAGUAUGUCUUCAGAACCGACUACUUCUUUUGGACUUCUUCCAUUCAUCAAACUCUUCACCGGCGCUGUUCUGUUCCACAUGAUUUGAGCGAUUGACUGAUGGCAGCAUGGACGAUCACACUCUUGAAAAAAUAAUCUCGCAGGAACUAGUUUUUUAAUUAAUAUGACCCGCCUGUUUGUAUACAGUUUCCUUGCUCAGUUGUCUGACUCUCUCUCUCUCUCUCUCUCUCUCUCUCAAAUAUCUAUCUUUCUCGCAGGUCAUUAAAUUGUCUGAUUUCGGUGUUAAAGGAGCAGAUGCUAAAGGCAUAUUCUACCUGAGAGAAAUCGAUGAUGCUGACCAGCUUGUGGAAGCAAUUCAGGCAAAGAAAGGGGGCAAAGCUGUGAUCGUUGGAGGAGGUUACAUUGGUCUCGAGCUUGGUGCCACCCUUCAAAUUAACGAUCUUGAUGUAACCAUGGUUUACCCCGAACCUUGGUGCAGUAAGUGUCUUAGAUCAUCUCUAAGAGACUUCGUAACUCUGAUGGGUCACCAAAAUCUGUUCGCUUUAUUCUCUUCCUUGACUCGCUAUUCAUGCAAUUUAUUUCAUCAACUAGUAUAGGGAGAGAACAGUUGACUACAUUCUGCGGUAGAUAUUCUAACUCCUGACUUAUUUUCCUCCCUCAGUGCCCCGCCUGUUCACUUCUGGAAUUGCUGCCUUCUACGAGGGAUACUACGCGAACAAGGGAAUCAAAAUCGUGAAGGGUACAGUUGCUGUCGGAUUUGAUUCCGAUUCAAACGGCGAGGCGAGUUUGAACCACUUCACUUCACUCGAUAGUUUUCUAUACAGAAGAAUGUGAAGGAAAAAAAAAUCAUACUACCCUCAUGAUGUCGCUUACUAAUCUGGAUGGGUUCUUCUUCAGGUGACAGCAGUGAAUCUGAAGGAUGGAAGAACACUGGAAGCCGACGUCGUUGUGGUCGGCGUCGGCGGGAGGCCAUUGACCACUCUCUUCAAAGGCCAGGUCGAUGAGGAGAAAGGAGGGAUCAAGGUUAGAGACGACUCUCGCCCUCAUGAUGCAUGAUGCUUCCCUAAGAACUCCCUCCCUUCCUCCCUGUAAAUCAACACCUCUUUGCUCGCAGACGGACGCCUUCUUCAAAACCAGCGUCCCCGACGUGUACGCCGUCGGAGACGUCGCCACCUUCCCUCUGAAGCUGUACAGCGAGCUCAGGAGGGUGGAGCACGUUGACCAUGCCAGAAAAUCUGCCGAGCAAGCCGUCAAGGUACACAUCCCUCUCACUCUCUCACUCUCUCACUCUCUCUAGAUAUAUAUAUAUAUUCUCCUUUGCUCAACAGCACAUCAAUAUAUGGCUGCAUCUCCCAAUGUGAUGUCUUGUCUACAUCAUCUUAUAUGAUUCUACGUGUUUGGGUGUGGCAGGCGAUCAAGGCGAGCGAGGGAGUGGGCUCGGUGGAGGAGUACGACUAUCUCCCCUACUUCUACUCGCGGGCGUUCAACCUGUCGUGGCAGUUCUACGGGGACAACGUGGGGGAGACGGUGCUGUUCGGGGACACCGACCCGGCGUCGGCGAAGCCCAAGUUUGGCUCCUACUGGAUCAAGGACGGGAGGGUGGUCGGCGCCUUCCUGGAGGCCGGCACCCCGGAGGAGAACCAGGCCAUCGCCAGGGUUGCCCGCCUGCAGCCCCCCGUCGACAGCCUCGACCAGCUCGCCGCCGAUGGCCUCGCCUUUGCCAGCAAGAUCUGA